AGCAACGGAAGGGUCAGGGCCGGCCCCGCAAAGGGCCACGCAGGGGCCGCCCACAUGGGCGGCUGCCAGGGCUCCAGGACGCGUGUGGAGGUGCCCAAGAACACCUCGAAGGUCUCGGAGGCAGCCUUGUCCGAUUUGUCCCAAUCGCCAGACUCAAGGUCACAAGGCGAGCGGGGCAAGUUGGCACCAGGCGCCAAGGCCGAUUUUCCGAAGCUCUCUCAACAUGAUGUGCAGCUACAACUCAGUCCCGGGCAAAUCCGUGACAAGUAUGAGAUCCUGGCUGUUCUGGGCAGCGGCUCGUUCGGUGAAGUUAGAGAAGUCCGAGUGAGAAACUUCCCGGACAAGCUGCGCGCCGUGAAAAUCACCGAGCGCCAGGAGGACAAGGCGGACAAGUCUGAGAAGGGCCAGAAGAAGCUGGACUCCUUAGCCAUGUUUCGCCGAGAGGUGGAGCUUCUGAGGUCUCUGAAGCACCAGAAUAUCGUGCGAGUAUGGGACGUAUACGAGACAUCUCACUUCUUCUACGUUGUCAUGGAUCUCUGCAGAGGGGGAGAGCUUUUUGACAUGAUCAACGAGAUGGAUCGCCUCCCAGAGUCGGACACCGCAGUCAUUGCAAAGCAGCUGCUAGGUGGCAUCGACUACAUGCACAGCAAGGGUGUGAUGCAUCGUGACAUCAAAGCAGAGAAUGUGCUGCUGACGGAGUGGUCCCCCACCGCUGUGGUGAAGAUUAUCGACUUCGGCAUCGCUGCCAGGUUUCAACGCGGAGAGAUGUUCGACAAAAUCUCCGGCUCACCUCAGUACAUGGCUCCGGAGCUGGUGGGUCAGAGAUAUGACUACCGGGUGGAUAUGUGGGCAUUUGGUGUUCUCAUGUACUUCACCCUCUACGGGCGCUAUCCCUUUGAUGGGGGCAACGUUCGAGAGAUUUUGCUGACGGUUCUCCACGGAACCGUCGACUGGGACAGCGAUGUGCACCUGGACACGAAGACGGUGGGCUUUUUAAAGGGCUGCCUGCAGCGGAAGCCGCGGAAGCGCACCACGGCCAAGGCUGCAUUGAGCAGCCCAUGGAUUAUCAGUGCCAGGAAGCCGGAUGCGGAAAAGAACCGUGAGCCGACAGAGAUGAACAUCUCUCCCGAACUGCUUUUGAAUGGAGGCAAGAAGGCGGCCGGUGUCACCGCGGCGAAGCCUGAGGAAGGCACGGCCGCUUCCGGCGCCGGCGGAACACGCCAGCGGACGGCUCGGGUGCAGCAGGACCUCUCGGCUUCACGUCAGGACCUGGAUCCUGCGCAGUUGGACGACGGGCCGACGCAGGACGAAGAUCAAGGCAAAGUGGAAUUUAUGGUGGACCCGAACCAGGCGUUGGAGUUCCAGGACAUGUACUUUGAUUGGAAGCGGCAAACGUCGACUGAUAGUACGUCCUCUGCGGCUUCCCAGAUGUACCCUAUGAGAAUGGACGAGGAGGAUGAUGAGGAUAUCAAGCGGAUGAAGGCCGAGCUGGCGGGGGAGUGUGAAGAUGACCUCAGCCCAGAAGCUGCAGGUUUACCGCCGGUGGCAGCUGUCCGUAUAGGAGAAGGUGGUAGCCGGUCAGGAGGCCUGCAGGCCUUGUCGGUGGUGCCAAGUUCUCCUGCCUUGGGCAGCAGACCAGACAAGCUGGCUCCUCUCUUCCCGGAUACCUUGAAAGCUCGCCUCUCGAAGAAGCCAAUGCCGGCCACCGUGGCGGUGAAACUGCUGGAGCCGGCGAAAGUCCACGGCGAGGCUGGCUACUGGGGCAAGGCCGCCAGUAUCUAUGCCAAGGAUUUCUUCCAUGUGGAGGCGGACAAAGAGAGCAAGGUCGCAGCAGUGAAGAGCCGCAUUUGCAGGCACCUGGGAUUCGAGCAGCAGAUGCAGCUCAUCCUCUUUGGUCGAGAGCUGGAUGAUGAGCGGAGUCUCGGGAGCUACGGCCUGGGUAACGUCGAGGACCCCUUACUGCACGCCAUCCCUUGCUGA